GCCAAGUCACGGUGGUCAGCUUCUCGGGCAGCAGAUCGCGAGUUGGAAAAUUGAAUACACGGUUCCGAUCCUGCCAAUCGUCUUUCCGGGCAGAUCUCUUUGCCUUUAAGAACGAGGCUGCCCUUCCUAUCUUCUUCGCUCAUCAGGGAAAAAAAAUCCCCAAUUCCCAUCUUCUCCCUCCUUUAACCAUUUCACCCCGAAACCCUAACACGCGACGGUCCGGCUGGUUCCUUCUCUCUCUGUCGGUGGUUCUGUCCUCGUGCCCUCUCACCCGACUUCUUUUGUCCGGCGCGUCGCGUUUCAAGCCUAGUAGACGCGUGGCGUUCACGCUCUAUGUGAUUCAUGUGUUCUUGGUCAUCUGAGUCGGGAAACCUCCGUUGCCGGGGCUGUCCCCGGACUCUACCGGACUCAUGGCUUCAGCCGUUCUAGCUAAUCGGAGCGAACCGAACUGGAUGCAGCCAAAGCCGGCCGGCGGUCCGAAGCUAAUGGGAAAAUACCCCUUCUCUAACUCUAACCCUAAAUUCUCCAAGAAGCGGCACAUUCAGGCGUUCCCUUCGGAGGAUCUCGAUGAAUCUCCGGCGUUCACGCAGUCUGCUGCGUCUGAUGACGCGUCUUCGAUAAAUCGGAGACCGAAUGAUUUAAACACCGGGGGGUUCGUUACUUUCAACAUCUCUUCCUACACGAGGAAGGAGCUGCUGGAGCUGAAGGAUCGAUUUAUGGCUGAGCUGGAGCAGAUUCGUCAAUUGAAGAGCCGCAUCGACGCGCCUCCUGAUUUUCAGAUCAGAUCCAGCUCAAAUUUUCACCACAAGAAAUUAAUUGGUGGUACAAACGGCAAGAAGAAGAUAUUGGGAAACAAGAGGCCUUUCCCUGCCACCGAUUCGAGUUUUGGGGUUCAAGAUUUCAAGAGAUCGCAGCACCCAGAUAACUCGCAAUUGAUGAAGAAGUGCGGCCAGGUGCUGUCCAAAUUGAUGAAGCACAAGUUCGGGCCUAUCUUCAAUGUUCCGGUGGACGUCGUUGGAAUGCAGCUUCACGAUUACCACGACAUAAUCAAAGUUCCUAUGGAUUUGGGCACGGUGAAAAAGAAAUUGGGGAAAAACCUCUAUGAUUCGCCGCAGGAAUUUGCUGCAGAUGUGAGGCUGACCUUCAACAACGCGAUGAGGUACAAUCCUAAGGGUCACGAUGUUUAUGUUUUUGCGGAUGAGUUACUUGCAAAGUUUGAAGACUGGUUCCGACCCAUCAAGGAUGCGUUCACGGAUGAGGAGGUCCAGGAAGAGGAAGAGCAGGUGCAAGAAGUAGAAGCGAGUUCUUGGGAUCACAACCACCGGGGAUCGGUGGAGACCGAAAGAGUAUCGAAAGGCCAAGGCGGUGUGAUGCAAGUGAUGGCUAAAUCCGAGCAAAUUGGUAACUCGGUGGCUCCUCCAGCUACUGGAUCGAGCCAAAAUGUUAACCCUAACUUGGCUCCACAGUUGCCUGUAAGGACCCCAUCACCACGACGGGCUCCACCAGUGAAGCCUGUAAAGCUUCCGAAGCCCAAGGCUAAGGAUCCAAACAAGAGGGAGAUGAACCUAGAGGAGAAGCAUAAAUUGGGUGUGGGAUUGCAGAAUUUGCCUCAAGAGAAGAUGGAGCAGGUUGUGCAAAUUAUAAAGAAGAGGAAUGGCCAUUUGAGGCAAGAUGGAGAUGAGAUUGAGCUCGACAUCGAAGCCGUUGAUACAGAGACUCUGUGGGAGCUUGAUCGAUUCGUCACCAAUUACAAGAAAAUGGAGAGCAAGAUUAGGCGUCAAGCACUAAUGGGUGGCAAUAUUAGGGCUCCUGCUGCGAGUGAAGGCAACAAGGAUGUGCCUGGCAACGAGAGAAUGGAUAUUGUGAAGGAGGCAAAGAAGGCAAAGAAAGGUGACGCUGGCGAAGAAGAUGUUGACAUAGGCGAUGAAAUGCCAGUGAGCAGCUUCCCGCCUGUGGAGAUUGAGAAGGACAAUGGGCAUGCCAGUAGCAGUUCUAGCAGCUCCAGUAGUUCCAGCGACGAUUCUUCGUCCUCCAGUGGUUCGGAUUCAGGGAGCUCCUCUGGGAGUGAUUCAGAGGGUGCUCACUCGUAGUGCCAUAUCCAUUACGUAACCAAAACCAUUGUGGAUGAGAUUUCGGCAUUGUAGAUUGGAGGCGGAGGAUCGCGGAGGUUGUCUUGCAUAUGGUGAAUGCAAGGAUGAGGUAUGCUGAUUGGGAUGGUGGAUUGGUUGCAUUUGAGAUGGUAUGCUGGUAGUAAUUUGAUGCGAAUCUAUUUUGUGACAGGUUUGUUGGAUGAAAGGAAAGUGAGUAGGUGGAUUCUUUCCGAGGUUUGUUGGUGGAAGAAAAGUGGAUGGACUUGUUGUGUAUAAUAUAAAUAUAAAGAGAGGAUCCAGCUAGCAGAAGGAAAAGGGAGGCUGAAGCCGUGGCUGGCUGGCUGGCCGGCCGGUGUUAAGUUAGUUUAGGAAGUGUAGUUUUAGAAGUUUGUGUUUGUUUUUUGAUGUGGUGUCUAGAAGGGGAGAGAGUGGUGGUGAAUAGAGUUGUGGGAAAGGGAGAUAGGGGACUUGGGUUAUUCGGGAGUACUUUGUGUACACAUGACUGCAACAUUUGAAUACAAAUUGAGCUGGUGGCUUUUUGCACGGGGCUAAGAGUGGUGCAGAAGAAGAAGAGUGUUAGGAAAGGGAAUAUCAGGUAUGGAAUAUAUAUAUGUAAAGUUGAUUUCUAAUCUCUAGUAUUGUAUUGCAAUUUGCAAUCCAAAAGUUGGAGGAAAACAGAAACAAGACCCACACAGACAGAUUCUUUUCUUUUACUUUGUUGUUGACAUUCUCCUCUCCCACUAGUCUGAUGAAUAUGUUUGCGUUUAGAAUAAUGGGUUUGAGAGGAGAGAAUGGUGGGUUUGUUGUAGGGAGGAAAAUGAAAGGGCGGGAGCGGUUCCUGGUUGCCACCCUUUUGCAUUUGGAAGGCCAGUAGCCCAGUACUAAGCGAAAUCAGAAGAUGAUGCCAUGGGUCGAAUCUUCAAUGCUAGCUGCUCUGCUCUGCUUCGCUUCGCUUCAUUUAAUCUUUUCUUCCUUUUCGAUGACGACGACGCACGCCUUGCCAUCUCGCAGGGAUUCCAAGUUUGCAUUUCUUCUGAAAGGAAAAAAGGAAACAAAAAAUAUGGAACAGAGAAACUCGAGACGGGUCAAAAAACACGGAAACGAAAAGAGGACGAUGUAAUGCUAAUAUGUAGAACUGAUAUGUAGAACUUCAGUUCGAUUAAGAGAAACUACAUAAGAAGGCUUUCUUAAUUACUUCUAUUGAUAGAGUUGCUAAAACUAAAGUAUUUGAUGUGUGUGUCUGAUUGACCUGAAACUGGAUGUGUCUUGCAAAAGUAGAAUAAAAAUAUUGAGGUGUA